AUGGAAAAUACUGAUCCAUUAGCACUUCAUACUGGUGAAUCAAUUGUUGUUGUAGCAAGUCAAACAUUAUCAAAUGAUGAAUAUAGUUUAUUACGCAGUGUAUUAAUUGAAGUUGUUCGUCAUUUGAGUAUUAUUGGUGCCUGUAAUGUACAAUUUGCAUUAAAGCCAUUAUCUAGUGAAUAUUAUAGAAUGCGAGUAAAUGCACAAUUAUCUCGUUUAUCUGCAUUGACAUCAAAAGCAACUGGUUAUUCAUUAGCAUAUAUAACAGCUGAACUUGCAAUUGGAAUGAGCUUAAUUGAUUUAAACAAUAGUAUCACAAAUGAAACAUCAGCUUGUUUUAAACCAAGUCUUGAUUAUAUUGUAAUGAAAGUUCCAAAAUUAGAUUUAAGAAAAUUUCUUCGAUGUUCAAAUGAAAUUGAAAGUUCUAAUAAGUGA